GACAUUUAUAUACAGAGACAGACCCCCCAGUGUGUCACUAGCUGCUGUUUCCAUGCACUCGCUCCUUAGCAACGCGCCCAGGAUCUCACACCGAUCUGCUGUUGCCAUAGCGACUCCCCUCUGCAGCUUCUCUGGUUCAGUGUGAGGGUCCCAUCCUGUGUGUGAGGGUCUGGGCCUGUCAUACUCACUGUGGGGCCUCCCCCAGGCCUUCAUUGCUCCUCUUAUUCCUUCUUAUUCCCCCCCCUCAUCUGCCCCCACAUUUGCUUCACAAUCUCCUGACAGUGAUUGGCUGCUGGGCAAGGACACGUGACUGGGGUUAACCCUAUAUCCACUGGCAGCAGCUCUUCUCUUUAACCCUAUGGGCACAGGAGGCAAAUGAAAGUGUUUAAUUACCCCCACUAAUUGCCCCGGGUCAUACAGACGUUGGACUAGUGUUUCCUGGGUUGGGGCAACUGUGACUCCCCCGGCUCAGAGGUGGGACACACGUGAGAUAUAAUGUUACUUGGCUACAAAUAUGUCUGUGACCUGCGGAAAGUAUCAGGGGCAUCAACAGUAACCCCCGAGUGCCCAGGGCAACUCUCAGCUCUACUGUAUUUGUAGUAUUGGGGCAUUAGCUGUUUGUGCCAACAGACCCCUGGGAAGUGCAGGAUGGCGGAACCUCGCUUUAACAACCCAUAUUUUUGGCCUCCACCUCCAACCAUGCCCAGCCAGUUGGACAACCUGGUGCUAAUCAAUAAGAUCAAGGAACAGCUGAUGGCCGAGAAGAUCCGACCUCCUCAUUUUCCGCCCACUUCCGUCCCUUCCCAGCAGCCUCUGCUCAUUCCCCCAUCUCCUGCCGAGAGCAGCCAGUCUGUUAUGUCCCUGCAGAAGCUCCAGCAAAUCCCGGGGCUGCACCCCCAAGCAGUUCCUCAGCCCGACGUAGCAUUGCACGCACGGCCUGCCACCAGCACAGUCACUGCUCACUUCUCUUCUUGCUAUUCAGGCUUGGGCCUGUCAUCAUCCCGCAGUAAUAUGAGCACUUCAGAGUCCAGUACAGGUACAAGCCCCUCCACUCCCACCUCCAGCAGCCAGACCAGACUCAUCGCUACAUCACCCACACUCAUCUCAGGGAUCACAAGUGCCCCCACUCUGGACUCCAUCAAGACCAUCCAGGGACACAGCCUCUUGGGACCCACAAAGCCUGAGAGGGGGCGCAAGAAAAUCAAAGCAGAGCACCCACCAGGGCACCCUGUUCUUGUCGUUCCGUACCCCAUCCUGGCCUCCGGAGAUAUUGGGAAAGAAGGCAAAACCUACAGGUGCAAAGUCUGCCCUUUGACCUUCUUCAGCAAAUCGGAAAUGCAGAUCCAUUCGAAAUCCCAUACGGAGGCGAAACCCCACAAGUGCCCGCAUUGUUCCAAAUCCUUUGCCAAUGCUUCAUACCUAGCUCAACAUUUGCGAAUCCACCUCGGCGUCAAGCCUUAUCACUGUUCCUACUGUGAGAAAUCCUUCCGCCAACUGUCUCAUCUCCAGCAGCACACCAGGAUCCACACUGGUGACCGACCAUACAAGUGCCCGCAGCCUGGCUGUGAGAAAGCUUUCACCCAACUCUCCAACCUGCAGUCUCACCAGCGACAGCACAACAAGGAUAAACCCUACAAAUGUCCCAACUGCUACCGGGCCUACUCUGACUCCGCCUCCCUGCAGAUCCACCUCUCUGCCCAUGCGAUCAAGCAUGCCAAGGCCUACUGCUGCAGCAUGUGUGGGAGGGCUUACACCUCUGAGACGUACCUGAUGAAGCACAUGUCCAAGCAUACAGUAGUGGAGCACCUGGUUAACCACCAUUCCCCACAGAGGAACGAGUCUCCGGGGAUUCCAGUCAGAAUCUCACUCAUUUAAAAAAACCUUUACACAAAGUAAGGUCGCUGCAGCCAUUCGCUUCCUCUUCAAGCCUCCUUCAUACUCCAUAUUUUCAGGAACAGUCAACCAGGCAAAGGGGGGCGGCUUCGGGACACCUGGACCGCCAGUUUCAUGUAAACCAUUGCUGGGUCCAGCUAAGGGGCCGUAAGAAAUAUGCAUCCAAUCAAUAUAAUGAUUUCUUGGGCACAGGACAGUGCUGCACACAAACCAGAUUGGUUCACUAUUGUAUGAUCAAUCCUGUGUUACAUCUCUCUGCAUUGCGGCAGAACUCUGAUAUUCUUCUGAGGGUCUCUCUGCCUUUGGGAUUACAAGCAUUUCAUUUUGUGGAACAUGCAAGCUUUCGAUUGGAUGUCACUUUGCGUACAGAAACUUCUGAUUGGCUGGCUUUUCAGUGACUUCAGUCUGUGUCUGACUCUUUGGCCAAUCCAUUUAGGUGACGCCAAAUCCCCAGCCGAGCACUUUUGAAUCUUUCACCUUUUAUAUCGGUUUAUUUUUCCCCUGACAUUUUUUAUCCUCCAUUUUUUUUUUACAUACCAGAAAACAAUUAAAAAAAAAUCCUAUUUAUUGGCCAAGAACUUGGUGCUGCUAAGCAGGGAGAUUCAAAGAAGGACGGACAUAAGCUGAGUGGAGGAAUGGACUUCAUGUUUCACACCCUCGGUCUCAUUCUUCCUCAGCUCAAUUGAUACUGACCCACCAAUUAGUGUCUAUCUUCAUUAGUAUUAACGAGUUCUCACUGGUGGAAGCACUGCUAGAAAGAAACGUGACCAAAUGAUUGAGAGAUUGGACAGCGGGGGAGGUUCUUCAUUUAACCCCCACGUCGUACUGUCUUGUAACCACAAUUAGCACUUAAAGCGACAGUCGAUAUUUGCACACAGAUAUGGUUGGGGGUUUGACACGUUCACAUGGGCAGCCACUUCUCUGUCUGCUGCUGGGUAGCCAAAUGUAUUAAUAAGGCACUACCUGCAGGAUAUGUAUAUGUCAAUCAGACUUUAGACAAAGAAGAUGCUCCUGGUUGAACUGGGGCCCAGUCAUGAGGGCAGGGGGUUCUCUUUCCCUGGCCUAUUGAGUGCAGCGUCAUGGUUAGGCAGCAGCAAGCAUAGAGUUUCUGUCUCACUGCCAGAGACUCCGCAUAUUCUGCCAUUGCUGCAUUGCACCCAAAUCCAGGUAUCUGGAAGUAGAGCUACACUAUUUUUGAAACAAAGAUUUUGAUACAUUAUUUGUACCAUUCCCACUCCCUGCCAGGACUUUCUUGGGGCCCUUCAUGGUGCUUUUUCCAAACUAUUUUUACGGAUGAAAUGUGCUGACUUUCAUUUGAAUCUCUGGGGUGUUUGUGCAGGGAGGGGGCAGUCCUGGACUGGCAAAUAGCAGAGGGGCUGCUGUAAGCCAAUCAACUGCCAGUGCCUCUAUUCUAGGUCACAAUUAAAGGGGAUGUGUUCUGGGUGGGCUGCAGCUAAACGGGUGAAUUCCUGCCCCUGCCGCAUGGAAUCUGUGUGUUCUCCUCAGUGCUUUCAGCUUCCCGGCCUGUUAAUCUGUAGAACUAACACAGAAGCUCCAUUCUGCAUGGACUUGUGUACCCCCUGUUGUAUAACAUAAGGAUAGUCACCCGUUUUGUUUUCAUCAGCAUAUAAAGGUCGAGUGCGUUUGUACAGGUCAUGGAAUUUCAAGGCGGCUUCUAAUAUCCUUGUAUAUUACAACAGGGAGUACAGUACAUUAUUAUAAUACACAAGCUUCAGUGACAAGAAUGACAUCACUAAGCUCUGAUUAUAACUGAUGACAUCACUAAGCACCUUUUAUAAGGAUAUUCAUAUGUAUAUUAUAUAGUGAAUAAAGCACC